GUUAGCCUUGUUAAGAAGAUUGACUAUCUUUACCGAGAGUAAAUUUGUUUUUAACACGCUUUUGUAAAAUCUUCACGUUUUUAAUAUUGUGCCAUACCUUGAGAAGCAAUUAUUGUUGUAAAUUUUCUACUGAAAUCAAUGUAUUAGCAGAGCAACCAUUUUUGUGGAAAUUACGGCGUUACUGCAUUGUGUUUUCUUGCGGCAUUAAAAACGAUAUGACUCUGUUCUCUGUCGUCGAUACGAUUUGCAAAAAUUAAUCCAGCAGCUUUCCGAUUUCUCGAUUUCUAUUGCGUCGCUUUAAGUUAAAACAACAAACAUAAAGACUUCAAAUACUUGACGAGGAACUCCCCAGAAAUCAGAUUGUGUUUCUUUACCAUAAAAAUCCUAAAUCCCAUCGUUGCAUCGAAAUAAAAUGAGUGGAAAAGUUUUGUUUGCUUGUUCAAAAUGCUUCUCUAGACACCCUUUCGAAGAAUUGUCAGCAGGAACCCAACUUUGCAAGACAUGUCGUGGCAGUUCUUCGUCCACAUCGUCCUCAAGCGCAGUUGUAAAAUGUACUUAUUGUCGAUCGGAAUUCCAGCCAAGUUCCAAGGCUCAAAAUAUUUGCAAAAAGUGCGAACACAACUUGAAUAAAUAUGGUAAACCGAGUGCCUGCGAAUGCUGUAAAAUUGUUGCCGCUUUUGGAGGUUCCAAGUGCAUGAGAUGUGCGAGUUAUGAAGCAAGAUAUGGACCACCUGUACAAUGUGAUGAAUGUAAGCUGAGGUCAGCUUUCGAUAGACGAGACGAAAAUAAAAAGAUAAACGGAAAGUUGUUAUGCUGGUUAUGCACCUGUGCCUAUAAAAGGGCUUGGUUAAAGGCUCAGCAAGAAGGACGUAUAUCAUCAAAGAAGCGCCCUCAUGAAAAAUCGCAUCGCGACAGCUCAUCGGCUUCAGCGAAGAAACCUGCUCGUAGUAGUAGUGAAGUUGCAAAGGCCAAUAGCGGAACAGGUUCGGCCACUGUUUCAGCAGCAAGUGCAGCCGGUCUCGAUUUACCAGAGAAAAUUUCUCGCAACGUAUCUUCUAGCAGUGGUAAUGGUUUGGGGUCAAUAGCAGCUCCCGCUGCUGUUAUUACAAUUGACCCGAACUCGGCAGAUCAUGUUGUGGCAUUAACUACAUUAAAAGAACGUAUAGCCAGUCUGGAAAGACGUUUAAAUCAGAAAGACAAGGAGCUGCUAGAAAAAGAUAAACUGUUGACUGAGCUAAAGGGCAAAAACUUUGAAAAAGAAAUCGAAAUGCGCAACAAACUCAAAGAAAUAGAGCGUUUGAAUGAAAUGAAGGUGGAAAAUUUAAAUCGCAAAAUUGCCAAUCUUUUGAAGGAAGUGGCUGGACUUAAAAAGGCUAACAAAAAGAACAAUGGGACAGGAGCACCUCGUGAGAAAGAGAGAGAAAAACGUGAUCGGGAAAAUCAGUCACCCAAAGAGGACAUUACUGCGGCGACUGCAGCAACAGAAUCAUCGGAUAAAGAUUACGACAAAGAAGAGCGGAAAAAUGAAGAAGAUCGCAAGAGUGAAGAAGAUUCGCGCGAUUCUGAAAUGUCCAAUAAAAAUGAUGUUAAGAAAUCGCCAAAGGAGGAAGAAGAACCCAAAGAAAAAAGCCCAGAGCCUGAAAAGAGCGACACACAAACAGAAGACGUCCAAACAAAAGCAGAGGAAGCUAAAGUAUCCCAAUCGCGAUCUCGUUCCGGAUCUCGUUCGCAAUCGCGCUCUCGCUCACGAUCCCGUUCGCGCUCUCGUUCAAAAUCUAGGUCCAAAUCUCGAUCACGAUCCCGUUCAAGAUCGCGAUCGCAGUCAGGAUCUCGUUCUGGGUCUCGUUCCCGGUCAGCUUCACAUUCUCCUUCACGCUCUCGUUCUAACUCUCCUGAUUCAAAUUAAUAUGCGUAAAGCUUUUGAUGUAGAUCAAAUUUUAAUGUUCACCCUUUUAUGUUAACAUUGAAACAUACAUUCAGACUAAUUCAGGAACUUGGGAGACUUUUCUCAUUGUGUUUAAAAAAACACUAUUUAAAUGAAUAAAUAAAUAUCACAACUACAUAUUUUCCAAAUUUUAAUUUUAUAUUUUUUAAUAUAUAUUCAUUUACUUUCUAUUUUAAUGGAAAUAUUACAACAAUUAUACUAGUUAAUUAUGCUACCGAUUUUGAUUUAUACUUGGUUCAGAAAAUAAGUAUUGUAAUGCACAUUUUCUGUUUCUUUUUAAUUAUUAUUCUUUUAGAAUAGUGUAUGACUAAUUUUUGUAAUUUAAUUUUAAUGUAAUAAAAUAAACAAAAACCGUAUAGUGUUUUGAAAAUAAUACUAUUAUUAUUAUGAUCAUGGAAAGAAUGAGACAAGGAAAAUAUAUGUAAUUUAAGCUAUAUACUCAACAAAAA